CUUCUCCCUCUCUUUUCUCUCUCUGUGUCGAUCCGUUCUCCGGCUGCGGCCACGCUGAGGCUCUUCCUAACGCUCACAUCACCCGUGAUCAAUUAUGGACGAGUGGGAUGAAGUGCAGACCCCUGUUGUGAGCAACUCAAGCUUUGGAAAUUCUGGGAGCUCGUGGAACAGUGGGGGCCAGAAAAACAGCUUCAAGAGCGGCAUCAGUGACAAUGAGGGUAGCUCUUGGAAAAGUGGCGAUGGUGAUUUUGGGUUAAGAGGUGGAAAAAGAGGUCGGGGAUCUAGAGGAGGUGGUGGAGGCUUCAAGAGCUUCAGUUCAGGAAUUGAUGACAACAGUGAAGACAAUGAAGGCAGUUCCUGGAACAGUGGUGGUGGAAAUGGCGGAUUUAGGGGAAGAGGUGGCAGAGGCAAGUGGUCAGGCAGAAUCAAGUUUAGGCCAGAUUCUGUCUUGGGGUUCAAUGCUGACACUUGUUUAACAUUCAUAGGGGGAAGAGGAUCAAGAGGCAGAGGAGGAUAUAGAAAUUCCUUCAAUUCUGAGACCGAUGAAAAUGGCAAUGAUGAUGGUUUCAAAAGUGGUUUUGGAGGCAGAGGAGGCAGGGGGGGACAAGGAGGCCGUGGAGGUUUCAGGCGAGGUGGCGGAGGAGAUGGGGAAGGUGGACGGGGUUUUGGAAGAGGUGGAGGCUCAGCGAUGGAUGAGGAGGGGAAAGGAGAUGGUGUAACUGCAGGGCCCAAGGUCGUUUAUGUACCUCCUCCGCCACCAGAGGAGGAAAGCUCUGUGUUUGCACACUAUGAGACGGGCAUUAAUUUUGACAAGUAUGAUGACAUUCUUGUGGAUGUCAGUGGAAGCAAUUCUCCUAAGGCUAUCAUGACUUUUGAGGAAGCAGGUCUUUGUGAGUCGCUCAGCAGAAAUGUCUCCAAGUCUGGUUAUGUAAAGCCAACUCCUGUUCAAAAACAUGGUAUUCCCAUAAUAUCUGCAGGAAGAGAUCUUAUGGCCUGUGCCCAGACUGGAUCAGGGAAAACGGCUGCCUUCCUUCUUCCGAUUCUCCAGCGGCUCAUGAGUGAUGGUGUGGCAGCGAGCAAGUUCAGUGAGGUGCAGGAGCCUGAGGCAAUCAUAGUGGCCCCCACCAGAGAACUCAUCAAUCAGAUAUAUCUGGAAGCCCGCAAGUUUGCAUAUGGGACCUGUGUGCGUCCUGUUGUGGUGUAUGGUGGUAUAAACACUGGCUACACAAUUCGAGAGGUGUUGAAGGGCUGUAAUGUGUUGUGUGGGACCCCUGGAAGAUUGCUGGACAUCAUUGGUCGUGGAAAGGUCGGACUAAGUAAACUUCGUUACUUGGUCCUGGACGAGGCUGACCGAAUGCUGGAUAUGGGCUUUGAGCCAGACAUGCGUAAGCUGGUGAGCUCUCCAGGCAUGCCUGCUAAAGAAGAAAGGCAAACCCUUAUGUUCAGCGCGACAUAUCCAGAAGAUAUUCAAAGGCUGGCAGCUGAUUUCUUAAAGACAGACUAUCUGUUUCUUGCUGUGGGAGUGGUGGGAGGCGCGUGCAGUGACGUGGAGCAGCAUAUCAUUCAAGUGGAUCAGUACUCAAAGAGAGAGCAGCUGCUGGAACUGCUGAAGACCACAGGGACUGAGCGAACAAUGGUCUUUGUUGAAACCAAAAGAAGUGCAGAUUUCAUUGCAACGUUUCUAUGUCAGGAAAAGGUGCCAACUACAAGCAUCCAUGGUGACCGGGAACAACGAGAGCGAGAGAAAGCUCUUAGUGACUUCCGCUCAGGCCAGUGUCCUGUGCUGGUGGCUACUUCUGUUGCUGCCAGAGGACUAGACAUUGAGCAUGUCCAGCAUGUUGUAAACUUUGACAUGCCUAGCAGCAUUGAUGAGUACGUGCACCGCAUUGGGAGGACAGGCCGCUGUGGAAACACCGGAAGAGCCGUGUCCUUCUUUAACCCUGAGUCUGAUACUCCUUUGGCUCGUUCUCUGGUCAAAGUCCUCGCUGGGGCCCAGCAGGAAGUCCCUUCUUGGUUGGAGGAAAUUGCAUUCAGUGCUCAUGGCACAACAGGGUUUAACCCACACGGGAAGGUGUUUGCCUCUACAGACACUCGCAAGGGUGGAUCCUUCCAAAAAGAGCAGGCACCACAACCAGCUGUGCAGAACACCAGCACUGCAGCUGAUGAUGAAGAAUGGGAGUAGAUCCACAGUCCCCCUUUCUUUCUUUUAGGGUUUCCUUUUGUUUAAAAAUAUUCCUCUGUUCAGCUUUUAUCUUUUGUGUUAAUGGAAAAAUGCUCAUGGCGUCAAGUUGAAACUUGCA